GUCCUCAUCACUUCUCUGGCCCGAAUUCGAAGAGGGCAAUCACAAAGAAAAAUCUAUUGUCGCCGAAUUGGGGUGUACACCACAGGUCGUCUGGUUUUCAGGUCGCUCUGUCUUGUCCCUUUCGUCGGCGCGAUGGAAGCGCUGAUCCCCGUGGUCAACAAGCUGCAAGACGUGUUCAACACGGUCGGCGCGGACGCCAUCCAGUUGCCGCAGAUCGUGGUCGUCGGCACUCAGAGUUCGGGCAAGAGCUCUGUGAUCGAGAGUUUGGUAGGCAGGUCCUUCCUGCCCCGCGGCACCGGAAUCGUCACGCGGCGUCCUCUCGUCCUGCAACUCGUCUACGCACCCAAGGAUGACCCGCAGCACCGUUCUGCUGAAGAAGGCACCCUGGAUUUGGAGGAAUGGGGAAAAUUUUUGCACACCAAAAAUAAGGUUUUUUCCGACUUUGAUGAAAUCCGGACCGAAAUCGAAAAUGACACGGACAGGAUGGCCGGAAAGAACAAAUCCAUCUGCCCUGAGCCAAUCAACCUGAAAAUCUUCUCGACCAAAGUAGUCAACUUAACGCUGGUUGAUCUCCCUGGCAUCACAAAGGUGCCUGUUGGUGACCAACCUGAGGACAUAGAAAGCCAAAUUAAAGAGCUGCUGGUGCAUCACAUCGCCAACCCAAACUCGAUCAUCCUGGCUGUGGUGACGGCAAACACGGACAUGGCCACUGCCGAGAGCCUCAAAUUGGCCAAAGACGUCGACCCUGACGGCAGGAGGACCCUGGCUGUGGUCACCAAGCUGGAUCUCAUGGAUGCUGGCACGGACGCCAUUGACAUUUUGUGCGGCCGAGUCAUUCCUGUGAAACUGGGCAUAAUUGGCGUGGUCAACCGCUCGCAGCAGGACAUCAUGGACAACAAGAGCAUCGAAGACGCUCUAAGAGACGAGGCAGCGUUUCUGCAGAGAAAAUACCCGACCCUGGCCAACCGCAAUGGCACGCCCUACCUGGCGAAGACGCUAAACCGACUUUUGAUGCACCACAUUCGAGACUGUCUCCCUGAUCUCAAGACUCGUGUGAACGUGAUGGCCUCGCAGUUCCAAACGCUGCUCAACUCGUACGGCGACGACGUUUCUGACAAGAGUCAAACUCUGCUGCAAAUAAUCACGAAAUUCGCGUCUGCCUACUGCUGCACCAUCGAAGGCACGGCUCGCAACAUUGAAACCACCGAGCUGUGCGGAGGCGCUCGCAUCUGCUACAUUUUCCACGAAACGUUCGGCCGCACCCUCGACUCAAUCCACCCGCUCACAGGGCUCAAGAAAAUGGACAUUCUCACCGCCAUCAGAAACGCUACUGGACCCAGACCGGCGCUCUUCGUUCCAGAGGUGUCUUUCGAGCUGCUGGUGAAGCGACAGAUUCGACGGUUAGAGGAGCCGUCUCUGCGGUGCGUUGAGCUGGUGCACGAGGAAAUGCAGCGCAUCAUCCAGCACUGCGGCACCGAAGUGCAGCAGGAGAUGCUGCGCUUCCCUCAGCUCCACGAACGCAUCGUCGACGUCGUCACGCAGCUGCUGCGGCGACGCCUUCCCACCACCAACUCCAUGGUGGAAAACCUGGUGGCCAUCGAGCUGGCCUACAUAAACACCAAGCACCCUGACUUCUACAAGGACGCUGCCCUAGUGCCGUCCCUGUCCAAGCAGCACGAAGAGCAAGAGGCCGAGCGUCCGGCAAACAGAAGGACUGCAGCCCCCCAAGGGCCCAUGGUCGGAGCCCAGGAGGCUGAGGUGCCCAAGAAUCAAAACAUGGCGCGGCUGAAUGGCGAUGGCGUGUCGUCAGUGCUGCAGCAUCAGUGGUUGUCCAACAUCAUGGGACCACCUGGACGACCCGAGAGCGGCCAGCCCUCCGCGGAGAACUCGCCCCUGAGCACGCCGACGCACCUCCCUUCCACUCACAGCCCGCAGAAGCCAGUCAACCUUUUGCCUGAGGUGCCCACCCAGCAGAGCAGAAAACUGUCUGAGAGAGAACAGCGGGACUGCGAUGUCAUUGAGCGUCUGAUAAAAUCGUACUUCUACAUUGUACGCAAGUCCAUCCAGGACAGUGUGCCCAAGGCUGUGAUGCAUUUCUUGGUCAACUACGUCAAAGACAACCUGCAGUCAGAGCUGGUGGUCCACCUUUACAAGUCGGACCACGCCGAGCAGCUGCUCAACGAGUCUGAACACAUCGCCCGACAGCGGAAGGAGGCGGCGGACAUGCUGAAGGCGCUGCAAAAAGCCAACCUGAUAAUCAGCGAGAUCCGCGAGACCCACAUGUGGUAGAAGUAGACGGCAUUUGGAUCAUUUUUUAUUGGAGAAGUGACUUCUCAUUGUUAUACUUAGACGUUACAAAGAGACAGUGACUGUUCACAGAGCAAGCGAGUAUGAAUGUGCCGAGAGUGAGUGUGUUCGUGUGUCGGCUGCAUCUUUGUAAGAGAAAAGAAAGAAAGAAAGAAAGAAAUCAAAUAAAUAAACAAACAAACAACCUAGUCCAGCAGCCGCCUAUAAGUGGCUUCUCGACCACACUCUUAAUGAUUCCGCCACACGUUGAAAAGUAUUUAUUCCAAGAGGCUAUUAUACCCUUCUUCACUCUAGAACACAGAUAAGACAAGUAGCAUCAAUUCCAGCCUGUUUUUGAACGAUGUGACGCAGAAUACUCUUGUUCAAUUCGAAAGAUUAGUAAAUCUACUCUAAACGAAUGAAAAU